AUGAGGGAACAUGACUGGGAGUACCCUCUGCGUCAGAACUCAAUCAACACAAUGCGGAGCAUGUCUUAUAUUGUUAGUUUGACUUGGUGUUUUAGUCUGGGAAUCAUGGCAUAUGGAGCAGGUAUAAUGACUCAAUUGUCUUUUUGCAAUUCCCUCACAGUGUUCAGUUAUUUCUGCGAUCAUUCAGCUGUGUAUAGACUCGCCUGCAAUGAUUACACAAGGCAGUGGACUUUGGGCACUUCAGUUACUUUCUUGAUUUUUGUUGUACCCUUUACUUUAAUUUGUCUGUCUUAUGUCAGCAUCCUGGUGACGGUGUUCAGGAUGAAAUCUUUAGACAGCCGAGUUAAAGCUUUGGCUACUUGCACUGAACAUAUCAUCCUUGUUGCUGUAUUUUACAUUCCUGUCAUUACCAUUUUUAAUAUGGCACUUCUUCUGCAUUUCCUUGAUGAGGACCUGUCAUUGUUAAGCCUGUCUCUGGCCUCUUGCACCCCACCCUGCAUCAAUCCUAUGGUAUACUCUUUGAAAACCAAAGAAAUCAGAAACAGAGCCCUGGCACUGGUAAGAAAAACUAAAAUUGGCACAAAUUAA